AGCGCUCGGAGCCACCGCCCCGCGCUCCCAGACCCGCCGAGCUGCAGCGCACCCGGAGCCAUGGCCCGCGAGGAGGCGGCGGUGGCCGGCGAGGAGGCGGCGGGCGAGGCCGGCGGGCUGCUGCUGGAGAUCGUGGGCUCCCCGCUCAACCUGAGCCUGCUGGGCCUCUGCCUCUUCCUGCUCUACCAGAUCCUGCGGGGCGAGCGGCCCGCGGCGCCCGCGGGCGAGGCGGACCCGCCGCCGCUGCCCAAGAUGAAGCGCCGCGACUUCACCCUGGCGCAGCUGCGGCCCUUCGACGGCGUGAGCGACCCGCGCAUCCUCAUGGCCGUCAACGGCAAAGUCUUCGACGUGACCCGCGCCAGGAAGUUCUACGGGCCCGAGGGUCCAUAUGGCAUUUUUGCUGGAAGAGAUGCCUCCCGAGGUCUUGCCACUUUCUGCCUGGAUAAGGAGGCACUGAGGGAUGAGUACGAUGACCUCUCUGACCUCAACGCUACACAGCAAGAGACCUUGAGGGACUGGGAGUCACAAUUCACUUUUAAGUAUCAUCAUGUUGGUAAGCUGCUGAAGGAGGGGGAGGAACCCACUGUGUACUCUGACGAAGAAGAAAAAGAUGCCCAGAAUGCAAAGAAAGAGUAGAGAGUGCAGUGAGGAACAAUCUGGUUUUGAAUCGUAAAGGAUCAUUUGUAACAUUCCACUUGUUUUACAAGGUGCAGCAGCAGCAAUGCUUACAAAAGGUCCAAGAGUUACAGUGAAUUGUUUCUCUUCAAUGGUUUCCUUUUCAAAUUCAGUGGCAAACUACUGAAGGUCUGUGUUCCUUUAAACCCACAUAAUCAGAAGUGUGCACAACAAAUAUCUGUGGAAAAGUAAACUGCAGUUUUGGCAAUAAAGGACUAUUACUGGUUUUCUGCUAUCACCUUUUAGUGCAGAGUAGGUUGAAAUCCAGUUUUUCAUUAACAACCUACCACUGUGGACACAAACAUGAGUAACUUCACCUAUGCAACACAAAUUCCACUAAAUCUUCUUCUGUUUUAGCUUCUGCAGGGUCUGGCCCUUGGGUUGUAGUUCCUCUAGAAAAGGGACUAUAUUUUAUUUGUCCACGAAGCACCGUACUCCUUUGUUGUGCAAUGUUAUUCAAUAUUAUAUAAGAUAAUUUGGCUUUUGAGGGUUGUGUUAGCGGUUUACAGGUGAAACACUAACUGCUUUUAAAAAAAUAUCAAGAAUUUUUCAGAGGUUAAAUCACUUUUAGAUACUUAAAAAUUAAUAAGGACUGACGAAUACUUGAUGUAUUCAACAUGCAUAAUUCUGCGUGGAUUAAUAUUCUUUGUUCACAUCUGAAGUGUUACAAAGGUUUAGAUACUGAGUGGAACUAGGCAUCCCUAGAAGUACACCAUGAAGUGUGACUGCACUGGACUACUGUUCAUUCAAUUUUCUUAGUAAAACUCUUCUGUUAAUUUCAAUAAAAUUAUGUUAAACAUGGAAGAUCAGCUGCUCUUCAUUCCUGUGCAUAAGAAAAACAAAGGUUGCUCGUAUGGCAUGAUUAACAAGUGCUCUUGUAUAUGCAGCUUUAACUAGCAGAAAAAUGUUCCUGGUCAACAUAAUUUACACAAGUUUCCUGUACACAAUAAAAUAACAUGGUGUAAGCCAUUCUGUGCUGAGGCACUUGUUGCUUUGGAACUUUGCCAUUAAAAGAAAUGGCACAAUCUAAUUCAUAACCAGCAAUGGGGACCUGACCUUUGAGUUGCUUUUUACUUAUUUGCUCUCUUUCCUCACAUCUACGCUUAAUUACUACGUGGCCUGCCUCCUACCAGAGAGGGCUGGGUAAAUGGAUCUGACCAAGGAAAAAUGUUAAUGUGCUUCAUCAUCAUCCAAAAUACUUCUGUAAAACUUCCUCAUAACUUCCAAGAUCACUGAUGAUUUGCUGAUCACCUGUAAAUGCAUUUUGUGUCCAGGUGAUUCCGCUGCUGCAGAAUAUCCCAGGGUGCCUGUCUGGUAUAGUUCCCUCUAUUUCAUUUCUCUGGCUUGGCUGUCUGGUCGUUUCAGUUUGGCAACACGACCAAAAUGAUGAACUGAGUCCUGAGUGGGAAGGUGUAAACUUCAGUGUUCAGAAGUAGAGUGCAUUGCACAACAGCAGCUUUCAUAAACAAGUUGACGCAACACGUUUAAAGUGUCUGAUACCAUCUGUGGUGAGAACAAGUGACUUUCCCUCAGUCCAGACACUGUCCUGGCAUUUUCUUUAGGUUGCACUGGGCCUUCCAAUGAAGAGCACGAUUGUUUGACAGCAUGAAUAAAGUGGUACUGUAUGAACUACCUAAUGAAGGUCUAGAGACAAACGUAGAUCUUGUCAUGACCUUUGUGUUGCUGUUUUAUUUUUAGAGACAUUUAUACUCUUUGCAAACUACUACUAAUGGUUUACCUCAAAUUGGAAAUGUGCUUUUAUUUGUUUAAGGCAGAAAAUAAAAUACUCUUGCAUAAUA